GCUUAGAAGGUUCUGAGCCCAGAUGAUUUCACAAAAGGAAGAAAUGCCAAGCAGGAGGAAGGGGGCAACUUAGAUCACACUUACCCUGCACAGUGUCAAGAAAGACUAGACUACCCAAACCAGAAGAUUUUUUGGACGCAAUUUACAUUAUAGGUGGGUGAUGAUAAGAAGCCUAGAUUUAGAGAGUGUCUAUAAGAAGAGGACACAGUAGGCAACCUGGUUGCUCCCAACUCCUAGAGACUCACUAUAACAAAGGUGAACUUUGGAUGUCCGCACCUCAUCAGCAUAGUCCACCGCAACUCAGAAUUUUCGAGUUAAUGAGAUCUCACCAGCCUCCGCCUCUUCAGCAGCUAAGAUUACAGAAAGCUAUUUGUUAAACAUUUACCAACAUAGCACUAAGCCAAGUGUUCGUGCAAGACAGGAGCAAAGUAGGAGAAUCUGGAAGGAAGCAUCUGAGUGAUGAGAGAGAAAAAGGGCACUCUCUGCAAAUGGCUUCAGUAAUUUCAGUGAAAUAUGAGGCAAAGUUCUCAUCUGAAAAGGCGAGGGAAGGCUGCUGAGUGACAGAGAAGUUCUUAUGACUUGCAAAAAGACGGUUUGAGCCAGAGCUGAGGAACCAAGAUCCCGGAGGUGUUGGGCCGGCCCUUUUGUUUAACUCCCAGAGAAACUGGGAGGGGCAACAUGUGGAUGGUGGAUGACAGCCUCCAGACAAACAGCACUCCGGCAUUUAAAUCCCUGCAGUUAGAAUCAGCCCGAGAACCUAAGGCAUAAUCUGGAGCAAAAAAAGAAACCAUGGAACCAUUUUCAGAAGACGCUGUGAAACAAUAUAUUUCGAAUAAGGUGGAACCCAGACAACGUCUGCUCUCCAAACUUGUGGAAGAAGUGCAGGAGAUCGUCCAUCAGUUAACCAAAGAAAUCAGCUACAGAGAUAUCAGAUUCCAAGCUGUUCCUAGAUCACUCUAUCACAAUGAGAACAUAAGGGUUUUGGCACCCACCCAGUUUGUCAUCACAGUCCCAAUUAAAGGAUUGCUUGGGUAUAAAAAGAGCCAGACUCGACAUUGGCGGUAUUAUUCUGUGAGUGGAUCUAAGCUCUUCUCUCCAAUUCGGGAUCCUGAAGAAAUGUACCAAUGGCUGGAGAUAGAUCAGUUUUUGAAGACUCUGAGACAGUGGCAUGAAACAGAUGUAACUAUGGAAGGAGACAUCAUUCCAGCUAAGGUUGCUGAAGUGUUCCUGAAACACGUAGAAGAAUCAGUUAAAACCUGCAAUCUCACUAAUGAAGUCAAAGUAAUAGAAGGUGUUGGCCCCAUUGUACGAUUGGCUGUGGAGACAUCAGAAUUUCAGGUGGAGGUAGAGCUGAUUCCAGUGGUGGAGAUCCUCAACCGGUGGUGUGAGAAAGCUCGGUGGCCCCGAUGUCUGUCUCGCUGGCCCUCUCGGGAGAAAGUUCAGUGUGUUAAGUCAUUUGGGUUUAACCUGAUGGCUCGCUCCAGUUACCAUUGGCAAUUGGGUUUUGAACGAGCUGAAUAUGUGCUGAUGGAGGGGAUAGACGAAGAUGGCGGCUGCCGAAAGAUGUGUUACCAAGUCCUGAGACAAAUGAAAGAGGAUGUUUGGUGUCCUGGCAGCAAACCUGUCGUCACAGCCCACCAUCUUCAGACUAUACUGUUUUGGACUUGUGAAAAGUAUCCACGUAGCAAAGACUGGCGUGUCUUCAAAAAAAGCUUCAUGCGCCUGGUCCGUAAGCUGUACAAGUGUGUGAACCAGCAUUACCUGAAACACUUUUUCAUCAAAGGAACCAACAUGUUUCAGUAUACCAGCAUAAAUGACUUGGAUUAUGUGGCCCAAAAGCUUGGUCUUUACCUAAAGAACCCAGGGCUUCAAGACUGAGCACCAGAAAUCAUCUCCAAUGCUUCCAGAGGCAGUCCCCCUUGACCUUGCCUGACUUCUUUGAUGACCACCAUGUUUUGGAAGUUGGAACUCUGACCAUUUGCCAUGGUUGUGACAGGAUAGAGGAAACAUGAACCAAGAGCAUUUCAAUCAAUGUCCCAUCUGUACCCUAUGUGGUUUGGUCCAAAUAUUUCAUUUUUAAACUACCUCACUUGGGAGCUGAGCCCUGUCCAAGCCACAGAUUGUGAACCAUUGAUAGUUCCAUGUUUAUUUGCCUCUGAUCAGACUCCUUACUGAAUAUUCGAGAAGGGGAGACUGGAACUCCUAGGAUUGGAAGUGAUCAUCACGAUCUGGUGUACUCCCGUAUCACUGACCAGGGACAUACCAUUUUUUUCCAUUUGUAAAAUGGGAGUAUUAAUGCCUGCUUCACCAAGGUCUUGUGAGGCUACUGUAAUGCCCUUUCAGGUGAAAGGUGCUUGAUCAACACAAAGUGUUAUUAGGAGCUGACAUCCACAUCUAGGAUGGAGAGCUUACCUAUAUCAUUGAUUAAAAGAAUAGGUUUAAUAGCUAA